UGACAAUUUACGACAGUGACGCGAAUCAUCUUAACGCAAUCAUUUACGGCCCAUGGCAACCAGCUGGAGGCAGGACUUUUGUUUACUAGCCUGGGGGGCCAACAGUUACGGGCAAAAUGGACAGGGGCAUGAGGAGGACCAGUCAGUCCCACGGCUCUCGAACAAGGUUGCUCUGCAUGGAAAGACAGUCCAGGCUGUUUGCGGUGGCGGGGGACACUCAGUGGUUGUCACUGACGACGGAGAGGCGUUUGUGUGUGGGCAAAAUCACAGAGGCCAGCUUGGGCUCGGCCACACUGUCAGCUGCUCAACACUUCAGCACUGCUCAGGCCUGAAUCAGCGGGUCACAAAUGUUGCCUGUGGCUGGGAUUUUACUCUUCUUCUUACUGAUUGUGGCAACGUGUUAGCGUGUGGCUCCAACGUGUUUGGACAGCUGGGUAUUGAUCAGAUGACUUCACACUCUGCAGAACUGGUGCUCGUUGAGGGUCUGAAGGAGCGUGUGAUGAACGUGGCAGCUGGCCUCCGGCAUGCUCUUGCAAUCACAGACUCGGGAUGCGUCUACCAGUGGGGGACAGGUCUCCGUAGCCUUGCCAAGAGAGCUUUGAAUCCAGACCCUGUUCCAUCACACCUCAACUCCAAGGUUCCUUCUCUUGUGCCAGGUCUGGAUCAGAAGAUGGCUCGUGUUGUCACUGCGGGCUCAGCACAUUGCGUAUGCCUUACAGGAGAUGGUGAUUUAUUUCUGUGGGGAAGCAACAAGCACAACCAGCUGACAGCCACCGAGCCCUUCUUGUCCACUCCUGCUCUGCUCAAGCGCUCACUCCUAAAUGGAGAGAAAGUUGUAAAAGUAUGGAGCGGUUGGACUCAUAUUAUUGCCCAAACAGAGACUGGGAGAGUAUUCACUUGGGGAAGAGGGAAUUAUGGACAACUGGGCCGACUUCUGCCAAAUGGCCCGAAUUCUAAGCAUCAAUCAACAGACAGUGGCAGGCAGACUUUCCUGCCUGCCGAGGUGAAUGUCCUCUGUGGAGCAACACAGAUUGCAUGUGGAUCUGAACAUAACCUCGCUAUUGUAGGGGAGCGCCUCCUUUCCUGGGGCUGGAAUGAACACGGAAUGUGCGGCGACGGUUCGCUGGCAGACGUCUUUCAGCCGCAACUCGUUCCCGGCCUCAGACCUCUUGUCAUUGGCUGCGGGGCUGGACACUCAAUGGCGGUGUGCGUCAGGAAUGCGAGCGAAGACAAGUGAUAAACUCUGCACGCACGCCACUUACACUGGAGCCAUCAUGCCACUCAGAUUUAGAUCUCAAUUCCUGUUAUGGAAUUGAUUUAUGAAUGAAAACUCAUCUGAGUGAUGAGAGUGGUCAACAGCAUUUUUUUGUUUUGUUUAGUUUUUCAGUUAGACCUAUAAAAGCUUGCACAACACAAAUUAGGCUUGACACCAUAGGUGUCAAACUCGGCUCAUCAGCAAGCGCUGCAGGAGCUUGAUGACAAACCCGAUCAUUUGAAUCAGGUGUGUUGCAGCAGCAAGAUCAGGAUUUCGGAGCGGAUCACCGUUAGCAACAUUUUAAAAAAAAAAAACUAUAACACCUACGACCAGGAAAUGACCCAACCAUUCCAAUAUAUCGCUGCCGUUGGACCUCAGAAGGCAC